AAUAUCCCUCCCAUUCGCUAAAAUACAAAUUAUCAAACCCUCUAAAAUCUCCAUUACCAACCAGAAAUGGAAUCAGCAAAAGCGAAAAAAUCCGCCGGUGGAAGAGGCAAACCUAAAUCCACGAAAUCCGUCUCCAGAUCUUCAAAAGCUGGUCUCCAGUUCCCCGUCGGCAGAGUUUCAAGGUACCUAAAAAACGGCAGGUAUGCGAAACGCGUCGGCUCCGGUAGCCCUGUUUACCUAUCCGCCGUCCUUGAAUACUUAGCAGCCGAGGUUUUGGAGCUAGCUGGUAAUGCGGCGAGGGAUAACAAGAAGACCCGGAUCAUACCCAGGCACAUUCAAUUAGCUGUGAGGAACGAUGAGGAGUUGAGCAAGUUGUUAGGAAGAGUGACGAUUGCCAAUGGAGGAGUGUUGCCGAAUAUUCAUUCAAAUCUGCUGCCGAACAAAAAGGCAAAAGGCAAGGAUGUGAUUGGAUCUGUUUCUCAGGAAUUCUAGGGUUCUAAUGUUUAGAUUGAAUAGGAAUAUGAAUACCUUGAAUUAGUAUCUCAUUUGCUUCUGUUUUCUGGUAAAAAAUGAAACGACUUUUGCAG